AUGAAUGAGGAGUGUAUAAUACGUAAACUCAUCGCAGAUGGUGAUGGUGGUGGUGACGAUAGGCGAUUUGCCUCGUUACUUCCUUUAAUAAUUCGCAUGAUAAAGGAUCCAGAAUCGACAUCGAGUUUAUUGCCAAAAGUAUUGAAAAUGUUGGAUGCAGCUGAAACUGCAAUUCAGCGACAACUUAUGAUCGGUUCCAUGAAUGAAAAACAAGUCGAAUCCUAUAAGGAGUUGGCUAGUCAAAUUGAGGCGCAAAUUUUGGAAGCAAAUGAGAAAAUACAACUAACAAAGAAGCAGUUGGUCUUAGCAAAGGGUAUUCGAAAGAAUAAAGAAGAAUAUGAAUUACUUGCAAAAAUGAUUGAAAAAAUUCCAUCUCGACAUGAAACAACUAUGUAA